AUGCUGGGAAGUCAAAAUCAAAGUAAAAUUUAUUACCAAGCAACCUCAACUUAUUUGGAUGAAGUACCUUUUAAAAUUUCUCAAAAGUUCCAGACUAUUGCCUUGGAAGAACUUGGAAGUUCCUCAUCCUUUCCCUAUGUGCCUGACUACACUGAAAUACUGAAGCAAGCACAGUAUGACUUUACACUGGAAAAGAAGGUAUUGAAAUGGGUGAAAGACCGACUGCUACAGGAACCUCCAAGGAGCAUUCCAACAUGUCCACCAUUUUGGCUUGCUUUUACUGAUCUUGAGGGCGAAGAUACUGAUGAUACAAAUAGUGAAUCUUGUCAGGCCAAACCUCAGAGGGGUCACAUGGUUUUGAGAACCAGAAGGUGUAGGAGUUUCAGUGUGACCGACAUUAAACAUGUUUGCUUAAAGGGUGCAUAUGUAUCAGACUCAGAAAGUGAUGAUGGGUACUCAGAGGAUGAUGAACUCUCAUCAUCAGAUGAAAAUGAAAAUCAGAAGCUUCCCUCAAUACCAUUUCUCAGGAGCAAAUUUAGUGUCUAUUCCAGAUUCCUAGAUGUGAGACCAGCCUCGUCGCCGGAUAAUCCUUCCAGAAGUAGACACAAUGAGAGAUUUUCUAAUGCCAGUUUAACAAGGCUGCCUCACAUCUCAGGACUGAGGCAUUCCUCUCUUUGUAACAACACUGAAGGUGAGGAAGAGGGCAGGAGGGAUGGAUCAAGUUGGUCACCAGCAUAUGGACCAAGAAAGCCUUUGAGAAAAUUUACCUGUCAGCACCCAAACAACAAGAACAGCAGAAAUAUAAAUUUGGCAAAAUGUAUUGUUGGAAGCCCACCACUUUCCUCUGCCCAUUAUCACAUGGAAAGGUCAUCCAUGAAUAGAGCAAGACCGCCAUUCAGAAAACACAAAGAACCAUUUCAGCUGCUUAGAAACAAUUCCUGCCUUCCAGCGCCCCCGAAAACUCCGAGACCUUUGAGUUCUCGCAAGCCUCUCCCAGACUCGACUGCUGAUCUGCUAUUGGCGCUCAGUCAAAAAGAACAAGACCUGAUUCAGCCAGCUAUGAGGCAGGGUUAUCCAAUAACCAGAGUGAUAUGGGCUGUCCAGAACGUUGGACAAAGCAGCACAGAACAGAUCCUCAAGUAUCUGAGUGUGUGGGACCGUCUCUGUAAGGAGGGCUAUAAGGAGAGACUUGUGGAAGAAGCUAUGGAGAUUUUUCAGAAUUCUGAGGAAAAGGCAGAGGAGUUUUUGACUCUCAUGACACAGUUCGAUGAGAUGGGUUUUCAACACGAAGAUAUUAAAGAAGUUCUACUCAUCCAUAACAACCACCGGGAAAAGGCCCUCGAGGAACUUAUGACACGCUCCAGAUAGAAAAAGAAGGUGCUAUGUUUCACAUUACCUGGUUUUGGUACUUCACACUUAAGUGUUUUAAUCCCACCAGUAACCUUGGAUAUAUUUAAUGGAGAGUUUAAAAAUUCAACUGGCCUACUUGAAUAUCUGUUUAAUAUGUCCAUCCAAUUAAUUAUUUUUAACUAUAUAACAAUAUUUAUCUGUGCUCAUGAAUGCACGGUGCUGUUCACUGCUUGCCCUGUUGAAUGCUGUGAAAUUGGGUUUAGUUGUUGCUAUCACAAGGGGUUAUCAAAAUGUGAGUUUAUUUAGUGGAGGCAGAGUCAGGACAGGGAAGCGAUGGAAUGAGGUGCCACUUGUCACCAUACAUAAGGAACGUGGUAAACCUGCAGGUGAAGAAUAAGAACCAAAAGGGUAUGGUCCCGGGGGGGACCUUCAGUUACUGGAAGGAGAAACAGAGUUUGAAACUCAGAGGAAGAGAAACAGAGUCACAACUUGGCCUGG